AGGACAUGAGUACCGUCCUCGCGCAAAUCGAAGCAGCGAUGAAUUCCCGUCCGCUUACUCCUUUUUCCGAGGAUCCGGACGAGCUGGACGUGCUCACACCAGGGCACUUUCUGACCGGAACGUCGCUGCUGGCAAUCCCAGAUCCGGACUAUUCGGACAUUCCCACGAACCGGCUGCAGCAUUACCAGCAGCUGCAACAACUGGUGCAGCAGCACUGGAAGCAGUGGAGGCGAGAGUACAUCUCGCAACUCCACAAUCAGAACCAGAAGUUCCCGCAAGCAACCCAGCUGAAGGCUGGCCAGAUGGUAGUCCUCAAGGAGGACAACAAGGCGGCAAUCGAGUGGCCUCUUGCCCGCAUCGUCGAGGUCUACCCCGGUCCUGAUGGCGUCGUUCGGGUCGUGAAGCUGCGCCUGCCGAACGGUGCUGUCUACAAGCGACAAGCAUCCCGAGUUUGCAUGCUGCCUUUCGAGAGGGACUCGAUCGGGCAGACUCCGAACGCCUUCAACCCUCAACCGUCACAAGGCGCACCGUAACCGGAGGAAUCGCUGUCGACAGACAUCCAUACGGCGCAACGGAGAUGGGCGAAGAAGGCGUGAAGAAAAUUAUUUUGAAAUUUAAGCAGUGUUAGUUUUAAGUAGGAACCUGUGCCGCGGAGAAAACGGUAUUACGCGGCUACCGGUGGCCAAGCCGGAGAAGCAUCUGAUAAUACCGGCUUUGUUGUUACGACGACGGCGAGAACUUUCCGGUAGGGAAUUUACCGGCUUUGUGGGUUGAGAGUUUUGACUGACUACUUGUUUUUUUUUUUCUCUUUUAAGAGAACUG